AUGACCUCCCCGGCAUCGCCAAAUAUCCUCUCGGGGAACAACCUGCAAGUUCUCCCGCCUAUUUUGACGGACAGCACAGUUAAGCCAUCUCCGAGCGCAAAGGAUCGGCUCUCCACAUACUCGAAUAUCUCCUUCGCUUCCCAGAACCGGUCACGGCCUGGCUCCCAUGUGUUUCCCAUCUUCCAUUCCAGCCUCACGUACACCCUAGUACGAGAUUUUGCCUACCCGUCGAUUCAUCCGUUGCACUAUGGGCCCCCUCCACCGCACGCCUCGGGCGUGUCGACCCCAGCCAGCGAGUACCGCCGCUUGUCCGAUCCACCAACAUCUUGGGACACUGCGAAGGCCCCGUGGACCACUGGUGGUUGGAGCGCCGAGACCAGCCAAGGCCAUCAGCAAUUGCCGGCCAUGUCAUUUGGUGAUGGGCCCCCAUACAGUGAAGAUGAAGACCUGCACAGUCCGGUGGUGACCUCGUCGCGCCAGCGCAAGAAGAGCACUGGAAAUGAUUUGAACGGCAUGGUAGACGAGAACGGCAUGCUGGUAGCUGGAAAUGUCGAGCGCGGUACAUUUGUCGGCCUGAACCCUGACGGCAGUGAGACCUACUAUGUCAACGGCGGUGGUGAAAUGGAGGAUGGUCCUGGUGGGGAAUACAUUACAUACCCGGCAAAUGAAGGUCGAUACUCGGUAGCAUAUGCCGGCCAGCAAGGCUACGCGCAGGAAACUGGCUUCGAGUCAGAGGAUGACUACACGCGCGGAGACCGCUACUCGAACGAUUAUCAGUUUGCUGUUGGCUGCCCGGACGAGGAAAUGCAUGGAAAGGCCGUCGCACUCUUCGACUUCGUGCGUGAGCACGAAAACGAGCUCCCUCUCACGGAGGGCCAAGUGAUCUAUGUUUCAUACCGACACGGCCAAGGCUGGUUAGUCGCCGAGGAUCCGAAGACAGGAGAAAACGGUCUGGUCCCAGAGGAAUUUGUUCGGCUCAUCCGAGACAUUGAAGGUGGGCUCACCUCAUUGAGCGAGGAGCCCAAUCCAGAUGUCACAGAGAACAGCGUAUCAGCCAGCAUGGAGAUGACCGACGAUGAACAUGCUUCAACCCCUACCCAGCAAAAUCACAAGGGCCCGAAUGGCGACACGCCCGUGUCUAUCGCCGUCGAAGGUACAGGUGAAUCUCACUCCACGUCAGGAAAUGGAAAGACUACCGGAGACGCUGGCAACCGGUCCAGCCUGAUGACAAAGACUUGA